UGGCCUGUUUUGAUGUGCUGCCCCGGAUGUAGUCAGUGUGCGGCGCUGAGGAACAAAACCGGGUCUGAUUUGAACCCAAACCGAACCCGAAGCUCCGCUAAUCUCCCCUCUCCGAACCCGAACCCGGACCCGCCGGGACCCAGAGGACGGACCGGGCUGAGCGGUCAGUGAGCAGAAUCUGUGGUGAUUUUCAGAAUCGUCAGGAUUUUCUGCAGAGUUUCAGUAGUUUAUUUAUUACAGAAUGACCAGCUCCUCUGCUCCCAGAAUGCACACCUACAGACGCACCUCCAGCCCUCGCUCUCCCACCAGCACUGGUGAACUCUUCACGCCGGCGCAUGAGGAAAACGUUCGCUUCAUCCACGACACGUGGCUGUGUGUUCUCAGAGAUAUUAAAUCCCUGCAGAACGGAGAGCGUGGACCUCAGGAGUACGUAGAGAAGAACCCAAACCCUCACCUUCACUCUUUUACCCCAUUUGACCUUGGCGACCUGAAGAAGCGAAACACAGAGAGUUCCUAGAUCUUCUUCCCCCCUGUCCUCCGAGAUCACCAGCCCCCCCCGUCCCCCCGUCCCGUCCCCCCGUCCUGUCCCUCUGUUACUCCCUCCUGCCCUCGGGACAUGGACCUGUCCCCCUCAGUCCGGAGUCUCUGACUCGCGCUCGGGGUAAACUGACCCCCCGCUCUGCCUCCGGACAGGACCCAGUCGAACCCCUGCGCUUUGCUCGGGCUGCGGGUUCGGGACGGCCCGGAGUCGGAUUUCAGGGAUUCUCUCGGCUCCUGGUUUUUGGUUUUUGGAAUUGGAUUUUUUUCGUUGUUAAGUGUAUUUAUUCAGAAACGUGGAGUCGGACAGUGAGGGACAGACUCUGAAGAUUCGACGAUCUAAAAACCAUAAACUCAUUUAAACCAUGUUACUCUGGAGGGGCAGUUUUUUUUUAGGAAUUUAGAUGGAAAGAAAGUUUAUAGUUUAUGGUUAUACACGUGAUCAUACGGACGAGUUUAUGAUUAUAGAGGCGAGUUUGGAAAGCCAAAGGUUUUUAAUUAAGAAACUUUUUUUUUAUAAAUAAAUAAAACUUUCAAAGAGUUUAA